AUGCCUUUGUUAAGCAGUAAGAACAAGUCACAGAGGCCCAAGUUUCUUCUAUAUCUAAAGAUUGAUGAAUUAAUUAAUAUACCCCAGUCAUCUGGGUACUGUUAUGUGAAGUGGAAUCUAAAGGAUGGUACAGGUACUUCCAACCAUAGGUUGAGAAGUAGUGGUGAAGAUGAGAAUAACAUGAUAGGACACCAGAACCACGGAGUGACACCUAGAGUUGCCGUGGAGCACCAUAGGGUUCGAUGGAAUUAUCAGUUGAAGAAACCAAUCGAAGUGAAGUUGCAAGUGGAUAAGACUAGAAAUUUAGAGGCUAAAAGAUUAGUAUUGGACAUAUAUUUCGAGCUUUUAGAGAAUGGCAAUGAGAGUAACAAUGACGGUUCAGCCCAAAAGACUAAGAGAACAAGCCUUGACAUUCCCAACGCUGUAAAGAGUCCCAACAACGUAUAUUCACCAAAAGUAUCGAACAGAUCACAGUUAGGUAGUGUGAUUCUUAACAUUGCAGAAUAUGUCAGGGAGGAUGAACAGCCGAUUACCAAUAGAUUUCUAUUGAAGAAAUCGAAAGUUAAUUCUAUUAUCAAUUUGACGCUUCAAAUGAAAUUGACGAGAGGUUCCUAUGACGAUUUUCUUAUUUCAAAGGCUUCAAGUAGUCAACCAGCCGGAGGAGUUCGCUUGGGGAUUGAUGAUAUUUUAGAUGAUGCUUCAGAAAAAUCUAGCCCAGCUUCAUCAACCUUCCAAGGUUCUACGAGUGGCGGCGGUUCGCCGCGUUCUAACCAUCAUACUCGCUCAUUACGGAGUUCCUUACGUUUUGGUAGUGGAAAUCAUACUAAUAAUUCCAAUGGCGGCUCUGGUAAUAAGGCUCAAUCAUAUAUGGGGAUGGGUUCGCCUUCAUCUCCUGGUAAUACAACAUCCUCUUCAAUGAAUCCGCUUGUGGAACAUCUUUAUCAAAAAACCUUUCAAUUACCGUGGGAUCCAAGGCCUGGUGAAUUCACCCCCAAGGAAUGCGUGGAAGAUAUUUUACAAGGCGGUAACGGUUGGGCAAGGAAUGAAAAGGGUAUAAACCUAAUUGAUAUUCAAGCAUUGAAACUAAUUGAGAUGGAAGUUGAAUAUCAGGAUAAUCAAAGAUACGGUGCUAAUGAAAAAAUGAAUGCUACGAAGAGAAUGGAACUGAAUACAAGCGCAGACGAAUACAAUUCAAUGGAUAAGAGAGAAUUUUUGGAAAAAAUGCACAGUUGGAGUCACACAUCACAAAAUCAAAAGAGGAUGAUUAACAACGAGAAUAGCAGAGGUAAUGCACUCACUGAAGGUGGUGCGGGACAAUCAGAACCUAUUAACGCAGAUCGCAUUAGGGACGCUAGAACCUGGACAAUCAAUAGUAUUCUUGCGUAA